AUGGAUCCAUUCCGUGCAGUAAAUCUUCUCAAUGUGCAAGAGAAGAUCGAAAGCAUCUCCUCUGGAGGGGACUCAGUUUACCUUGGCACUGCAAUCGGGAACAUUCUGCAGUUUUCGUUCCCGGCAAAGAGCUCUGAGGAUCCACCAGAAGCUGCACUGAGGGGCGCCGCGUCCCUUGGUUCAAAGCGACCUGUCGAGCAGGUUUGUGCCACCUCCCGCUUUGUUUUCGCCAUAUCCGAUGGAGUCCUCUAUGUGCUGCGGGCAGACGUCCUGUCGGCCACGCCUGUGGAGCUGUGCAGAGACGUGAAGAACAUGUGUCUGCACACGGGCUCCGGUGACGAAGCCACAAGCCCUGCAGAGGUAUGUGUGGCAAUGCGGAAGAAGUUGGUCCUGUUCAGUCACAACGGCGGCAGCUUCGAGCAGCGACAGGAAUUUCCGACGAAUGAGGCGGCUUUGGCCCUUGCGUGGCAUCAGUCCUUGAUAUGCGCCGGCUUUCGUAGAGAAUACAAGCUCUACUCCGAAAGGACCGGCCUUGCUUGGGAGGAUGUUUGCCCCCUCGAUGGAAAGCACACUCCGCGAAUAGCUGUUUUGCCUGGAACGGAGCUUCUGCUGCUGAUUCAGGAGAAUGUUGGCCUCUUCUACAACCUGAGCACGAAGCAGCCAUCACCCAAAAAUAUGGUCACAUGGCCAAGGAAAGUCACCCAUUUGGGUGCAUCCGCAAAUUAUGUCUUUGGCAGCUCUGGCCUGGGUCAACUGGACAUUUUUGGCAUCCAAGAUCAGAAGAAUUGUCAGACUCUAACAUUGGAUGGCGUGACGGUGUCUAUUUGUCAAGCAGGUGCGGGUCGGGCCCUAAUUGCCGCUGAGACGUCAGUGACCUGCUUGAGCCCAAUUCCGUUUGAGAAACAGGUAAAGAAGCUGCUCUUGCAAGUCCGCAUCAAUGAUGCUCGAGAACUCAUCACUGCCACAUAUGGUCCAGAGGACCCCGAGAGACAACUGCAGCUGCAGCGAUUUCAAAGACUAGCCGGUUGGGCAUUAUUCAAGGACCUGCAGUUUCUGCAGGCUUUUGAACACUUCAUGUACUGUGUCGAUUUUCGAGUGGACCAGGUGUUGAUGUUUUGGGGUCGCCACCUACCAGCAGGAUGGGAGCCAGCUACCGCGAGGCACGAAGAUGAUGGGUCUCCUGAGCCAGUUGACAUCAUGGACUUUGUCCGCAGCAGACUUGCAGAACGACAGCCGCCAGAGGCCGGUGAUGCUGCAGUGUCAGCAAAUGUUGGCUUGGCCAAUGCAGCCGCGGUGUCCUUUUUGCUGAAGCAGCGCGAAGCCAUCCUGGGCCAGGAACGCCUACCCCAAGAACAAAGGACACAGGGUGCCACAUCCCCGGCUUCCUUGUUGCGUGCGAUGGACACCUUGUUGUUGAAACUACUGCUGGAAGCAGACGAGGACGACGUUCGACUGACUGAAGUUCUGGAGGGUGGUGUUAGAUGCAGGGUCGAGGAUUGCGAAGGUUUUCUGCGAGAACGUGGCAGAGUGGAUGUACUGGCUCGUUUGUGGAAGGCCCAUUCCAUGUACGACCUUGUUUUGCGCGAAACAAGCGCGAUGUUGGCCAGUGGAAGGAGGGAUGCUCGUGCAGACGCCGCUCUUACUCAGAUGGUGGAGGCACUGAGGAGUGCGCGACGAGCUCCCAAUGGAGCAGACUUGCUUCGCGAGUACGUACCACAGCUGCUGUCAAUUGAUGCUGAAGCUGUUCUUCCAGUUUUCGUGACAACAAGCAGAGAGCGAGAGAUGCCGCUAGAAGCAGAUGAAGUCCUUCAGCUCCUUCAAGGACAUGACUCGCUCGUGCUGUCCUUCCUUGAGGAUCUCGUCGUGAACAAACAGGCCGCGCCGCGCCACUGCGCGAAGCUGGGCAUGGCCUACGUCGCCAAGGUGGAGGAGGAGCUCUCCCUGCCUGGAGCACAGCGCAUGACGCAGACGAGAACCAAGCUUUUCAGGUUCUUGGAGGAAGCUGCCGGGGUCAACGCAGAGCUGCUGCCCAAGCUCGCAGCUUUGCAAUUGCACGAGGAGCGAGUAAUCCUUUGUGGACGCGAGGGUCGGCAUCGAGAAGCUCUGCACAUCCUCGUCCUUGACUUGAAUGAUCUCUCUCGCGCCGAAGCUUAUUGCCGACUGGUAAUGGCAAGGGAGCUGCAGCGGCCGGGAGCGACGGAUGUGUCGGUGUUCAGUGCCGAUCUGCCGGGUUGGGCCCGCGGGGUGGUGUUUGGGCCAAAGAAGCCCAACUCCGGUGACAAAGCCCUUGAUGGUUUCCAGGAUGCGACAUCUGCAGCGAGAGACCAUGCCGAAAGAGCGCGUCCGUUGAUGCUCUUUCUGCAAAUCUUGCUGGAGGCCCAUGAGGGAGCAGCCGCAAAGCCAGAAGAACACAAGAAGGUGGCAGCGGAGUACCGUGAUGCCGUGCUUUCCUUGCUGAUGGGAUAUGCUGCCCACCGCGACCUGCCACCCAACGAGGUGUUGGGAUGCUUGCCUGCGAAUUGGUCGCUUGAGGGCAUCUCGGACUACCUCAGCAAAUGCGCUCGACUGUGCUUGCACAGGCAGCGUGCUAGCAUGCUGGAAGAGAACUUGAGUUCCAUGGCCUACCUGAAGACUUUCAGCGCUUGGGCCAAGGAACGCAUGAGAAAGGUAAACAUCACGCUCGACAAAUGCUGUCCGGUUUGCAACAAGCGCUUUGUCGACAAGGACUCUGUCGGGAAAGCCUUCGUUGCCUACCCGAACGAGACCUGCGUGCACUUUACGUGUAAGGAGCAUCCGUCGAUCUGUCCAAAGACAGGGAAGAACUUCUCAGACAACCUGUCAGUGUAUUGUCAUGCUCUCAGCGUAAGACAGGAUGAGCAAAGCUGA